CUCUGGAGUGGGCCACACCGAGCAGCGGCUUCCGGAGUCUCCUCCGGCUGUAGGAUGAGGCAGAAGCAAUACCUGGAGGCGGCGGCUCGGCUGCUGCGCGAGAGUUGCCCGGGCCAGGCCCGCUACCUGCUCUGGGCCUACAGCUCGUCGCAAGAUGACAGAGGUACUUUUGAAGAAACCUGUCCCUACUGUUUCCAGUUGCUGGUUCUCGAUAACUCACGAGUUCGGCUUAAACCCAAGCCCAGACUGACACCAAGAAUACAGAAACUUCUGAGUCGAGAAGCAAGGAAUCAAAUACUCAGUUUUAAAGAUGCCAAAAUUGUGAAAAAGUACAAAGACUCCAAAAGUGUACUGUUGGUCACUUGUAAAACAUGUAACAGAACAGUUAAAUAUGAUGGUAAGAGUAGAAGUUCUCUGUCGGCACUGAAGAGCAACCCUGCCACGCCAGUCGGUAAACGCAGCCUCAAGACUCCAGAGAGGAAGACGCCAGGCCCUGAUAUAUUGGGUUCCACAGGCAAAAGCCCAGCUUUGGUUUUCAGAACACCUACAUCAGGACAGUCAACACCUAUUUGUUCCUCAAAGAAUUCGAGCAAAUCAAAGAAACAUUUUUCUCAGUUAAAAAUGUUGCUUAGUCAGAGCGAAUCCCAAAAGAAUCCCACAAUGGACUUCAGAAAUUUCUUAUCUUCUCUAUAAAGAACAGACUAUGAAAAGAACUGUUUUGUAUAACUUUUGCAGUUAAAUUGAGUCGGAAAGACUGCAGUUUAAAAACUCAUUUUUCAAGUACGUGGAAACAAAGUAAAGAACAGACUUUGGUUAGUGACUCUCAGUGUUUCUGAAGAAAAUACCUCAUUGGAAUGAAAACUAAAACCUACUUACCUCAAGGGUGGUUAACAGGAUCAAAAGUAGGUGACUGAUCCUUGUUAAAUAGUAGCAGUGUAUAAGGACCUGGGCGGUAUCAUUUUCUCCCUUAAUUAGCAGCUUUCAUUAUUUCAUUUUCUUUCAUAAGGAAACCUCUGUUACAACACACAUGGGUCUACUCAUUCAUGAGGAUCCCUUCCAGGUGACCCACUGCCUAGAAGCAGCAUCCAAUGUAUAUCUCCUUGUUGGCCUACAAUUUUGUAUAAUUGCAUUUAAAAAUACAUGUAGGGGCUGGAGCGAUAGCACAGUGGGUAGGGCAUUUGCCUUGCACGUGGCUGACCAGAGUUC